AUGCAUACGAAUCGAGGGUGGAUGAAUUUAUCACGCAUCAACACUGAGUACGAGAGAGGGGUAGAGGAGUUUAUAGAGUUUGCGCAACGUAAUGCGAGUACAAAUGGUGAUGAUGAAGUCAAGUUCAGAUGUCCCUGUGUGAACUAUUUGAAUGGGAGGAAGUUGAACGCAACUGAUAUUAGGGAACAUCUUAUUUGUGAUGGUUUCAUACGAAGUUAUACAACAUGGAUAUGGCAUGGCGAAUUAAUAGACUUUCCAAUUGUCUCUCCAACUGAAAAUGUAUAUGAUUCCACCAUGGAUAUGGAAGAUCGAUCGGAAGAAGACAAUUUAGAGGACAUGAUCCGCGAUGUUGGCGUAGAAGCUUUUGCCCAAGCGCAUGUGUAUGAAACGAUGUCCACUGAUGCAGAGACUCCUUUGUAUGCCAGUUCAACUAAGUUCACACGGUUGUCAGCGGUGUUAAAGCUCAUGAAUUUAAAGGCGACCAAUGGAUGGACUGAAAAGAAUGGUUCUGCUUUGAAAGUAGUUUGGUACCUUCCACUCGUGGCCAGACUUAAGCGUUUGUUCGCGAAUCCCAAAGACACUAAAAACCUAAGAUGGCAUGCAGAUGAGAGAACAACUGAUGGGUUGCUUCGUCAUCCAACUGAUUCAAAGCAAUGGAAAAAUGUUGAUCAAGAAUUCCCUNAAUUUGGUCAAGAAUGUAGAAAUCUUAGGUUUGGCUUAGCUACUGAUGNAAUGAACCCAUUUGGUAAUUUAAGUACCAAUCACAGUUGUUGGCCCGUUAUACUGAUAAUUUACAAUUUAUCUCCUGGAUUGUGCAUGAAAAGAAAGUACAUGAUGUUAUCGAUGUUGAUAUCUGGUCCAAAGCAGCUUGGAAAUGACAUAAAUGUUUAUCUCAGGCCACUAGUUGAAGACUUUAAGUUGGUGUGGGUUGAUGGGGUUGAAAUAUUUGAUGCCUUUGCUUCAGAAACUUUCAUGAUGUAUGCCAUGUUAUUUUGCACCAUUAAUGACUUCCCAGCUUACGGUAAUUUGUCGGGGUACAGUCCGCUGCAAGCGAAACCAUCAACUCAAGCAUUGGGAACACAGAAUUUUUAUAUAUGGAAGGAUGUUUCUCAGCAAUGCAAGCCGCUGCAAGCAAAACCAUCAACUCAAGUAUUGGGAGCACAGAACUCUCAUAUAUGGAAGGAUGUUUCUCAGCAAAUCAAGCCGCAGCAAGCGAAAAUAAUACCCCAAUCACUGGAAACACAGAACUCUUGUUUAUGGAAGGAUGUCUCUCAUCAAAACAAGCCAUGCUUAAAGGAGCAGCAACUAAAAAUAGUAGAAGCGGAACCAUCUACACAACAAUUGGGACCACAGAACUCUAGUAUAUUGAACCUUGUUUCUCAGCCAAACAAGCCAUGCUUAAAAGAGCAGCAAGUGGAAAAACAAUAUAGCAAUUCCCCACAGCAUGUAGAUCAAGUGUCUAUCAUGAAAGGUCCUGACAAUGCCGUACAGAAUCAAGCCCAAGGUUCAGAGAAAGAAAGUGAAGCAUUGAGGGUGAGUGUAAACAGUCUGGAGAUUUCAGCUUCACCCUUGACCGAAAACUGCAAUAAGCUUAAAGAAAUUUCUCAUAAAUCUACUCUGAAUUUUGAUGAGCCAAGUGCUGAAGUGAAGCGCAUUCUUAAAGUGAUAGCCGAAAUAUCACCUGAAGCAUUGAGCGCAUCAGUUAAUGAAAUGAGAGAGGCAGUCUAUUUGAAUGAUGUGAUGGAAACUUCAGAGUUCUUAGAUGAACCACGAGAGAUGGUUCAACAACAAAACCAACCGGACCUCAUUNCACAAACUGGUAGGAAAAGGUCUCGAAGCCACAGUUUCAACCAGUUCUCUGAUGCUGAGGAACCUGACUAUAGAAAAAAGAAGCCAAGAAUUUUGGAAAAUUCUUCUCUUUUAGUUGAAUUAAAGGAGAUCAACCAUCGAUUGGUAGACAGUGUGAUUGUUGUUGGAGAAAAUGUUAAAGCGCCGGGAGUAGCGGCUGAUGAUAGUGAAGGGUUGGUUAUCGAACUCCUUUUCAAUGCAGUAUCGUUCAAUAUGAACAUAGAAUCUCAUACUUUUGCAGAUAAAAAGUCAAUAAUCAAACCAUUAAGGUUGUUCGUUCCUACAAAUUAUCCAACUUCUUUGCCUGUUAUUGUAGACAAAGAGCUGUCAGAAGUCAGUACUGAAUNCCAGAAAGACCUAUCAACAAUAGCAAAAUCAAAGCUGAUUCAUUUUCUGAGAUGCUUGGAUCGGACAUGGUCACUUGAGGAUAUAGCANUGUCAUGGGAACGUUGUGCCAGAGAAACAGUUCUUGAGUGUGCAAAAACCUUUGGAGGAGAAACUUUUAGCUCAAUAUAUGGAGAGUGGGAAAAAUUAUCAAACUGAAGUCUAAAGUAGGUUGCUUAUAGUAUAGUAAAUCAAUCAUAUACAUUUUUCUUUUGCAAGCCAUGUCUUCAAUACAUCAUCUGUACAGUAUAUAAUACUACAGCUCUACACUACAAGUCAAGUUCAUAUAUACAAAACAAUCACUUUUCUCCGAAUUUCA